ACAAAGCUGUGUUGAAUAACAGUCAUUUUAAAAGCCAAUAUUUUCUACCUCUAUAAUGAAGAAAAGCAGGAGUGUAAUGACAGUGACGGCGGAUGAUAAUGCUAAAGAUUAUUUUGAAUGUAGUUUGAGUAAAUCCUACAGUUCUUCGAGUAACACACUUGGGAUUGAUCUGUGGAGAGGCAGAAGGUGUUGCUCUGGAAACUUGCAGUUACCGCCGUUGUCCCAAAGACAGCAUGAAAGAGCGAGGACUCCUGAGGGAGAUGGCAUUUCCAGGCCCACCACGCUGCCUUUGACAACACUUCCGAGCAUUGCCAUAACAACUGUAAGCCAGGAGUGCUUUGAUGUGGAAAAUGGCCCUUCCCCAGGUCGGAGUCCGCUCGACCCCCAAGCCAGCUCUUCCUCUGGGCUGGUGCUUCACGCCACCUUCCCAGGACACAGCCAGCGCAGAGAGUCCUUUCUCUACAGAUCAGACAGUGACUAUGACUUGUCACCAAAGGCAAUGUCAAGAAACUCAUCACUUCCAAGCGAGCAACAUGGCGAUGACUUGAUUGUAACUCCUUUUGCUCAGGUCCUUGCCAGCUUGCGAAGUGUUAGAAACAACUUCACUCUACUGACAAACCUUCAUGGAACAUCCAACAAGAGAUCCCCAGCGACUAGUCAGCCGCCAGUCUCCAGAGCCAGCUUGCAAGGUAGGCAAUGCCAUGAGGUCCACCUCAUUGCUCCAAGUCGUAAAUAUGCCUCUGGUUGA